UCGCGGGUCCCGUGGCGGUUCGGGCGUCAGAGCCAGCUGGGCAAGCGUUGGUCGCCGACAUGACGCCUGAGAACUCGGAAGAGUCCCAUCCGCUCCUGAGGCCGCCGGGCGGCGGCUCUCCCUGCGGCCGCCGCGUCUUCCUCGCCGCCUUCGCCGCUGCCCUGGGCCCCCUCAGCUUCGGCUUCGCGCUCGGCUACAGCUCCCCGGCCAUCCCGAGCCUGAGGCGCUCCGUGCCCCCGGCCCCGCACCUCGACGACAGUACCGCCUCCUGGUUCGGGGCCAUCGUGACCCUGGGCGCCGCGGCGGGGGGCGUCCUGGGCGGCUGGCUCGUGGACCGCGCCGGGCGCAAACUCAGCCUCCUGUUCUGCACGGUGCCCUUUGUGGCCGGCUUUGCCGUCAUCACUGCGGCCCAGGACGUGUGGAUGCUGCUCGGGGGCCGCCUCCUCACGGGCCUGGCCUGCGGCGUCGCCUCACUAGUGGCCCCGAUUUAUAUCUCUGAAAUUUCCUACCCAGCGGUCCGGGGACUGCUCGGCUCCUGUGUGCAGCUGAUGGUCGUCAUAGGCAUCCUCUUGGCCUACCUGGCAGGCCGAGUCCUGGAGUGGCGCUGGCUGGCUGUGCUGGGCUGUGUGCCCCCCUCUUUUAUGUUGCUGCUUAUGUGCUGCAUGCCAGAGACCCCACGCUUUCUCCUGACUCAGCACAAGCGCCAGGAGGCCAUGGCUGCCCUGCAGUUCCUGUGGGGCUCCGAACAGGGCUGGGAAGAGCCCUCUGUGGAGUCUGAGCACCAGUACCAGAAUCUCUUUGUGACUCCUCCAACCAUUCAGGAAGAGCUGUGGGAGGUUUUUCAGCUGGCCCUCCUGAGACACCCUGGCAUCUACAAGCCCUUCCUCAUUGGCAUUUCACUGAUGGCCUUCCAGCAGCUGUCAGGGAUCAACGCCGUCAUGUUCUAUGCAGAGACCAUUUUUGAGGAGGCCAAGUUCAAGGACAGCAGUCUGGCCUCAGUCAUCAUGGGCACCAUCCAGGUGCUGUUCACAGCCGUGGCAGCCCUCAUCAUGGACAGAGCUGGGCGGAGACUACUCCUGGCCUUGUCAGGUAUGGUCAUGGUGUUCAGCACAAGUGCCUUUGGCACCUACUUCAAGCUGACCCAGGAUGGCUCCAACAACUCCUCACACAUGGACCUCCUGGUGCCUAUGUCUGCAGAGCCUGUUGAUACCAAUGUGGGGUUGGCCUGGUUGGCCGUGGGCAGCAUGUGUCUAUUCAUCGCUGGCUUUGCAAUAGGCUGGGGGCCCAUCCCCUGGCUCCUCAUGUCUGAGAUCUUUCCUCUGCAUGUUAAGGGCGUGGCCACUGGAGUUUGUGUCCUCACCAACUGGCUUAUGGCCUUUCUGGUGACAAAAGAGUUCAACAACCUCAUGGAGGUCCUCAGGCCAUACGGAGCCUUCUGGCUUGCCUCUGCCUUCUGCAUCUUCAGUGUCCUUUUCACUUUGUUCUGGGUCCCUGAAACCAAAGGAAAGACUUUGGAACAAAUCACAGCUCAUUUUGAGGGGCGAUGACAGCCCCUUUCUGUGAGUGGUGGCCCCUCCUAGCUGGGCUGGCUUUGGGCUUUAGAGGGAGUGGAGCAGCCUGUGACUCUAAGCUGGACCUCAGCCUGAGCCUGGAAUCCCUGACUGUCCCAGGCCCAGGGAAGCUGGCACCCAGGACCAGAGCCCCUGGAGCCUGGGUUUCCAGGGCCCUCCUUCCCAUCCAGUUCUCAUGGCCCAGCUCCCCAGGCUGGGAGGUUCGCCAGCCUCUGGGUCCAGUUUCUGCUGCUGCUCUGUGGGCUCAGGAACAUCUGAGGAGGUCUUCAGGCCUGUGGUCAUCCCUUCAUACACAAGUCUCCAUGGUACUAAAGCAGCAAGAGAAGAGGAGGGGCCUCUCAGCUUCUGUUUUCCGUGGAAGAUGCUUUUGGAGGUUGGGUCCAAGCAUCUGCUUGCUCUUCUUACUGAGCUGCAUUAUCAGGAAGGACUGUCUGCCAAAUAAAAAUUUGACACAAAUCAGGUCAUGACCUCUGCAUGAGCCAGUUUGAUGAGGGCUGCCAUUACUUACAUAAACCAAGCCCUCGGCCCUGCCCAGAACAUCCUGUGUAUUCACCUGU